AUGGCCCCAAAAGCAAAAAAUCAAGAAACUAUCAACGCUAAAUUAGGUUUAGUUGUUAAAUCAGGUAAAUAUACCUUAGGUUACAAAUCAGUUGUUAAAUCUUUAAGAACUGGUAAAGCCAAAUUAAUCAUUAUUGCUGGUAACACCCCAGUUUUAAGAAAAUCUGAAUUAGAAUACUACGCUAUGUUAUCUAAAACUCAAGUCUACUACUUCCAAGGUGGUAACAAUGAAUUAGGUACCGUUUGUGGUAAAUUAUUCAGAGUUGGUACUUUAGCCGUUUUAGAUGCUGGUGAUUCUGAUAUCUUAACUUCAAUCUAA